CCUACCCUCUUCCCACUAUCUUGCUACACCUCCUUCAUCCUACCCUCCCUACUAUGGUGCCCUUGAGUUUGCACCACUUCCGAUCAUCAAACUCAACUUAAUAGGGCACCUAUGGUUAUCAUUGCCUUACCGCUUCAUUGGCGGACACCCGAUCCCUUCAUUAAUUUUUUUAUCAUCUCUCCCAACAAAUCGUUAAACUAUUGAUACUGAUAUUGUUAUCGUCCCCUAGUUUAUCGGUCAAGAUGGCAUCGUCAUCAUCAGCCACGCCGGAGAGCCUUAUUACUCUGAAGGUUAACUUCGAUGGUGUAACUCGUCGAUUUAAGCUACCCCUUAAGGAUUUGGUUAUUUCCACAUUGGAAGACAAGCUUCGUGCUUUCUUGCAGAUCCCUUUUGGGACUUCUGCUAUGUUCGAGCGUUAUUCCGAUUCGGCAGCCUCUUUCGUUGUCCUUGACCAGUCUAAUGUCCCUGCGUACAAGCAACUUUACCGAGCUGCCAAAGCCAAGCAAAAGUUAAAGCUACGAAUUACUACCCGGACUAGACCUGAACCCAAACCCGAAUACAAGCCUGAACCUGAAGAAAAUAAGGUUCCCAAGCCUGUAACUGUCGAAGAUGAGGUUGAGGCUCAGUCAAAGGAGGUUUUUGAACCUACCGCUCGUGUUCCUUCGCCCGUUGCUAUCCCGUCACCCCCUCUACCAAUUUCGGAACCGGUCCCAGCGUCAGUUCAUAGCGAGGAUUCUGUUGGUGUGAUAGACACCAUUCCCGUGUCGGACAUUCAUUCGAACUUGCCCGAUUUCAUUAAGCUGUGGCGUACACAUGGUAUGCCCAGAAUCCACCUUAGACGAGACGGUGAGGGUAACGAAGUAGUUGACCUGGUUGGCUCUCCAUCUUCGAAUGAGAUGCCAGCAUCAAUCAACUCUGAUGCACCAGAGUCGGCCGUUUCUCAAAUAGUGGAUCAGCUUCAUGACACCAUCAAGACGAGAACAGUACUAGAGCGAUCUAUCGCAGAGGCUCAAACCUUCAAGGAUGAGAUAGCGACCGUACUCAAGGAGAAGAAAGAAGCCGACAUGGCCGAGGCCCUGGCUGUACCCAGCUGCCCUAAGCGACCAUUUACUGUUUGCUGUAACAGUUGCGACCGAGCUGUGCCGGAUGCUCAUUUCCACUGCUCCAUCUGUGAUGAUGGUGAUUUUGAUCUCUGCCAAGAGUGUGUUAAUCAAGGCAUUACUUGCUAUGGCGAUGGUCACUGGCUCAUCAAGCGAACUAUUAAGGACGGCGAGAUCAACUAUAGCACCACCUACGUCAAUCCCAAACCUCCUCGACCUCAAGCCGCCAAGGAAGCUGUUAAGGAAGUGCCGGCUCCUACAGUAAGCCUUCCUAUUAGACCCGCUGAGGGCUCAAAUUGGGCAACAACUUGGGCACAUUCUCACAACGAUCGUACUUGCAACUCCUGUGUUCAGGAUCUUCCCGGAGAGAAUUUCCUUCACUGUACAACAUGCGAUGACUACGACCUCUGCAAGAGCUGUUUCGCGAAGGACAAACAUGGCCACCAUCCUGGACAUGGAUUUACCCCUGCUGUGAAGGGUACGACCUUCGAUACGUCCGUUUCCUUGCGUUUGUCGCCUGGCCGAAACGCUAGCCACAAUGCCAUCUGCGAUGGUUGUGACAAGUACGUGAGAGGUAUUCGACACAAGUGCCUCGAUUGCCCCGACUGGGACUAUUGCUCGGAGUGUGUUCAAAAUGCCAAUUUCAUUCAUCCGGGUCAUCGUUUCGUACCUAUCCACGAGCCCUUAACUGAUCGCCCGCCUCAUCCUGCCUCCCGUAUUACGCACUACGGCAUCUGCUGUGAUGGACCACUCUGUGUGGGAACCCGUGCAGGUUCGAAGUACAUUGUCGGUAUCCGAUAUAAGUGUGCUGUCUGCCACGACAAAGACUUCUGUGCCAACUGUGAGGCUAGCCCCUCUAACACGCACAACAAGACACACCCCUUGAUCAAGUUCAAGACUCCGGUCCGCCACGUUAGUGUAACUACCACCGGCGAGCAUGAGGAUGGCCAGCGCCUCCCUACGAUGGGUGACCGCGUCCCCCAGGUCUAUCAGACCCGCUCAACAAGCACGGCCGUCUCAACCCAUGAGAGUAUCGCGGCCACACCAGUACAAACUGUAGUCGACGUGCAACCUACGGAGCAACAACCAUCAGAACCCGAAAAGAAGGAAGAUGAGGUAAAGACAGAAACUUCCGUAGAUGCGGAGGUAGCAACCUUGGUUGAGAAGCAGCCGGAGCCGGAGCAAGAACCAGAGCCAAAGGCCGCUAACCUCGUCGCUAUCUUCCUGCGUGACACCGUCGCUGACGGAACUGUUCUACCCCCGAACCACACCUUUGAACAAGAGUGGGUUCUCCGAAAUGAGGGUUCAACUGCAUGGCCAGCUGGCUGCUCAGUUAAAUUUGUCGGCGGUGAUUACAUGGGAGCUGUUGAUCCUACCCACCCUGCUGGUAUUCACGAGUUAGUCUCGGCUUCCGAGUCAACGGUCUGUUACAAUGCACUUAAGCCAGGCCAAGAAUUCGCUUUUACUGUGUUGAUGCGUACUCCCGACCGGGAAGGCAAGGUAAUCUCAUACUGGAGAUUGACUACCCCUGAAGGAGACAAGUUUGGCCACAAGUUAUGGUGCGACGUGAAUGUUCAGGCCCCCGCUCCCAAGGCCGUUGCGGCGGAUGUCCCGGCUCCCAAUAUGACCGAGAGCCAGAUGAUCAUCCCCAAGUUGGAGCACGAGUCUCCAUCUUCCAGCAUGCAUGAGAUUGCUCAGUCUGAAGCUGAAGUAGAAACCGAGGUGGCCGAGACAGAUAGCCUCACGCAAUCUGCGCACGAGGAAGAGGAAGAUGAUUUUGAGGACUGCGGCGAGGAUGAGGAAUGGGCCGAAUCGGACAGUGGGUUUAUGACAGAUGAGGAGUAUGAUAUCCUCGACGCGUCCGAUGAAGAAUACCUAUCGGAGCAGCGCAAGUCAGUAUCUAAAAAGUAAAGUGCAGAUAAAAGUGAAGCUGCGAGAUAACCUGAGUCUGUCUUGGCCCUAGGAGUCCCAGGAGUCCUAGGAAUCGGCAUAGCAGGACAAGUUCGGGAACGGCUUGAUGGAUAGCAGGGGCGUUAUUUUAGUGACAAAUCGCUUUGCCUUUUACCUUCAAUGGCGUCUCUUCGGAAUGGAAUUUACUCAACGGUGCCUUUAUUUCAUUUUUCUUUUCCGGCUACGGGGUUUUCAUGACCUCUACGAAAUACCACCCGCAACUCACUCAUUAGUUAGAGAAAUAGGAACAGAUUGACAUCCGUAGGGGCUGUAGGGUAAUUUCUAGUAGCUUAAUUUACACGAUGUUUUUUUCUUACUAA